AUGUCAGACAACGUCGGCCUCUCCACCCCCCGGGGCAGCGGAACCUCAGGGUACGUACAGCGCAACCUAGCGCAAAUGAGGCCUCGCGACUACGGCGCCCCAUACCCCAAGGACCUCGACAGCCUGCGGCACAGGCAGCGGCAGCCGGACAAGGAUAUCCUCGAGCACGACCGCAAGCGCCAGAUUGAGGUCAAGGUGUUUGAGCUACGGGACCAGCUCGAGGGGGAAGAGGUCGACGAGGACGAGAUUGAGCGCCGCUGCGACGAGCUUCGCCAGAAACUGAGCGCAGAGUCCAAGUCGGGGGACAAGGGUGGCGCGUCCCGCAGGACAUUCAAAGAGCACCAGGUUCACGAGAUGGCAGACGCCAAGAUUCAAGAGAGCGAGCGGCUGAGAAAGGCUCUCAAGAUCAGCUCCAACUACGAAGAAGGCAGUCACUGGAAAAAGCAGGAGGAGAGACUGCGCGGCGCCUUGGACAAUGAAAGGGAAGCCAAGGACUAG